GUUAGGUUGUGGCUUUACGAUGGUUUAACAGUUAUUUAUUGUCAAAUAUACGACUCAAUAGCGGAUCAAUUUUUUCUAUUAAUAAUUGUGUAACGUUUCUGUUUCAUACAAAAAUUUCAUUAUUCAUCCGAAAAAGUGAGAGGAGAAGAGUGAAAGAACGAUAGAAAUUAUGAAUAACACUGAGGAGAAUUCAGAGGAAAAGAACGAUGCUUCUCCACCGAAACGAAUAAAAGAUACAUCUUUCCAAUCUGCUUUCAGCAAUUUGAAGAAAUCUGAAUUUUUUAAGGAACCAUCCUUAAAUUCUACAUCUGAAACUUCGAAUGCAACAACCUCCGGUAGAACCAAUGCUAUUCUUGUUAGUCCAAAACAGAAAGGAAAUCCGUUGUUAAAAUUUAUAACCAAUGAAAAAUGGGAGUUUUCCAAUAUUGUGCCAGACUAUGUCAUGGGAAGAACCACUUGUGCACUUUUUCUAUCAAUUCGUUAUCAUCAGUUGAAUCCUGAUUAUAUCCAUGAAAGACUCAAGCAGCUGGGUAAUGCUUAUAAUCUACGAGUGCUCUUAGUACAGGUAGACAUUGCCGAUCCUCAUCACGUCUUGAAACAUUUAACAAGGAUAUCUAUUCUCGCUGAUAUGACGAUAAUGUUGGCGUGGAACGUGGAAGAUGCGGGGAAGAUUAUCGAAACAUACAAAAGAUAUGAAGUUAAAUCGCCCGACGACAUCAUGGAACGCAGCGAUAGCGCACCUCAUCAGAAGUUAGUUAAUGCUUUAACCACAGUAAGAUCUGUUAACAAAACGGAUGCGACCACUUUACUAUCAACAUUCAGCACCUUGGACAGUAUAGUGAGAGCGCAACCGAAUAAUUUGGCUCUGUGCCCGGGAUUCGGUCUGCAUAAAGCUCAGAAACUUUAUAAAGCGCUGCACGAGCCAUUUCUACGCACUCCGAAAUGAACGGAAUGCUUUUGUACACAGGGCGUAUGCGGAUAUUGUCGCACCAACUGAGAUAUUUGAGGAAAUUAAGAUAGCUGAUAACUUAUGUAAGAUAAUUUGUAGGAUAACAAAUCAUUAAUAUAACAUUUGUAAUUCAUAAAUUAAUUAAUUGUAAUAUCAACAAAUUGCAUUGAUUGCGUUGAUUCAAAGAAUAGUCGAACUGAUUAAUUUUAAUAAAGAUAAUUUAAAUAAUAAUUUAGAAGAAAAAAAUAUAAAUUGUAGACAAAGGAAAAUUCGAUGUCGAAGACUUUUUACUUCCUCAUAUUUUAUAAUAUAACGAGUAUUGAUACGCGCUUUCAUUGUAUCUUUGUCAUAAUAUCCAAUAUUAAUAUUUCAACAUUAAUCGAUUGGCAUACAUGUAUAUAUACACGUGAAUACAAUCCGUUUAAUAUAUCUAAAUAUUAUUUACAUGAUCUAACUACCGCGUCCAAUAUAAAAUAACGUCGCGUUUUAGAUACCAAUAGUGCAACAAGAAUGUCCUGUACACAUUUAUAUACAUCGUUCUAUUUCCUCUUCCCUCUCGUUAUCCUAUAUAUGUACGACUCGUUGAUUAUAAAAAGUAUUAUUAUUUAAUAUAGGCCGAAUAGAGAGAUUCCACGAUGUGAUUUUAAUUGUAUUUCGAGAUUUUUUAGAAUUACAAAGAACUCUGUAACAGAAGAGCUGUAAUUGUUUUUGAAAAAAAAAAA